CCCAGGUGAGCUCCAUGCCAUCCCUCCCAUCCCAGCCUGACAUCCCGUCUUGGAGAGGAUGGCAUCUAUGUCAUCUGGGAUGGUUGCAGGACACUGAUGCUCUGCGUGUCCUGCGCCGGCACCCCGGACACGGGCAGCCUGGCGAGCUCGGCAGCGGGCAGCGACCACCCGCUGCAGGCAGCAAAGGCAGAGGAUGGCCCCCUCGGUGGUGAGCCUGUGCUGAGCAGGGACGAGCUUGAUGCGCUCCUGGGUGAGGGCGCCUGGGAUGGGAUCUUGCAGUGGGCAUUCCAGAGCGUGGCACGGCCCCUGGCAGACACCCAUGGGCUCCUCGCCUAGGGCGCGCUGCCCCACGGCAGCCCCGCGGCACAGAGGGGCAGGCUGUGGGGGGGCUAGCACACAGUCAGCACGGCAUCCCAAAAAAGAGCAGCAUCUUAAACACUGUGACGCCUGUGGGACACCUGAACUGCAGAGACACCUGCAAAACCCAGCUUACAGUCGGUGACAAUAAAGUGAGCGCGCAGGAUAAAUGAGCCUAAGGCUUA